AUGAAGAUCAUCUCGAUCCAGAUCCUCGCGGUCGAGCCGGCGAGGUCAGCGAUCCCCGCCGUACCCGUCGCCGCCGCAUUGAACCUGUCCUCGUUCUCGUUCUAUCAACGAUCAGUGUAAGUUGGCCGUUCGUUAUGCGAGUCGGACGAUAGCGAAUUAGCGAACGGCGGUCGUCUUUCGAUCAAGCCGAGUCGGUGGUGGUGGUGGUGGUGGUGGUGUCGUGCGACUGCGCAUGUGGGAGCGAUACGGCGCAUGGGAGCGACCAUUCGGGUGUUCAAAAGGAAGCAAAGGCCAUGUCGUCGAAGCGCUCAAGGUGAUGCACUCGCUGCUGGAGCUGCAACCCGCUCGUGUUGACCCGACCGAGCUCACGCUGCUCCCGGACACGCCGCGUCACGUCCGCGUCACGUCCCCAACCCGUCGUCCAAGGCGCCCCCCGACCGAAUCGGCUCCCUGGCUGGAUCGUCCUCACCAAAGCACAACCCCGUUCACUGACACCUAAACCCCCCCCCCCCCCCCAUCCACCUUGCAGCAUAUCUCAAUUCAUGGAUUUCUUCUCCCGAACGGUCGCCGAGCGAACCGCGCCCGGUCAACGCCAAUCGGUCGAACAAGAAUCCGCCUCGACGGCCUACACCGCCCACGCCUACACCCGCGCUUCGGACAACCUAGCCGGCGUGAUCAUCACCGAUCAGGAAUACCCCGUGCGCGUCGCGUUCUCGUUGAUCAACAAGAUCCUCGACGAGUUCACCACCCAGGUCAAGAGGGACGUGUGGGAGGCCAAGGCGAGGGAAUCGAGGCAGGCCGGCAAGCAGUACCUCGUCGAGUUCCCGCAGUUGCAAGAGUAUUGCACCAAGUACCAGGACCCCAAGCAGGCCGACACGAUCAUGAAGGUGCAGCAAGAGUUGGACGAGACCAAAAUCAUUCUCGUCCGUUCAGUCGCUCGGAAAGAAAGACGAGGCUUGACACCUGACUCGGUCCCCACACCCUACAGCACAAGACGAUCGAAUCCGUUCUGGAACGAGGGGAGAAACUUGACAGUCUGGUCGACAAAUCCGCCGCACUCUCAGCUUCGUCAGUCCAAGCUCUUUACCGCAACGUCAAUGCAUCGAAGGAACGAGAAGCUCAUACUCAAGCCUGUCUCGCUCGCAGAUCUAAAAACUUUUACAAGACCGCACAAAAGCAAAACUCGUGCUGCGUCGUCAUGUAA